GGCGGCGCCGCCGCGAUGCCGCGGGGAUGGGCGCGCUGGCACCGCCCCGCGCCGCGCACAGCACCGCCCCGCAGCGCAGCAUGGGCGAGCGGCCGGCGGCGGCGGGGGGGGCGGCCGCCCCCAGCUGAGCCCAGCCGCCCCGGCCCGCUCCAGCCCAUCGCAGCAGCCACCCGCCGCAUGUCCGGGCCCGGGGCGCAGAGCCGCGGCCGGCGGCUGCCCGCUGACAUGGAGCAGGCGCAGCGGAGCCUGGAUGCAGAGCAGAUGCAGCAGCAGCAGCUGAAACUACGGGACCGGCAGAAGUUCUUUGAGGAGGUGUUCCAGCAUGAUGUGGAUUUCUUCUUCCCUAUGUCUCACCUGCAGAUAGAACAUCGAAGACCCCCCUUAGGCAGCAUUUCCUCCAUGGAGGUGAAUGUGGACAUGCUGGAGCAGAUGGACAUGAUGGACCUGUCAGACCAUGACACUGUGGACGUGUUUCUGGGCUGUGGGACAGAGGAGAGCAGCGUUGCUGGGCCCCUGCCAGGGGCAGAUGCCAGCCAGUGCCCAGAGGAAAUCACCCUGCAAGUGCCCAGUGGAGCAGAGAGCAAGUCACGCAUUUCUUCCACAUCCUCUGUCUCCACGGAUCUGAACAGCCUGGACACCAGCGAGGAGGGGGCUGAGACCCCUGUGGUGCAGUCAGAUGAGGAGGACCUGCAGGAGGACAGUCCCAAAAAGCAGCUUGCAAAAAGCUAGCAGCCAGCUUUGCCCUGCUCCCAGCCUCCUUUGUAUGGACCUGCCAGCCCAGAGGAAGGAAAGCUGCUGGCACUCAGUAUACCCCAUCCUGGACUGCUGCCCUGCAGGAGGGGAGAGAUGAUUUUCCCCUCCUCUCCCUUUGCAGGUUCUCCUGGCAGCCAAAGGAGAAGGAAAGGGGUAUUGUAGGCUCCCAAAAUUAACUCUUCCAGCUUUGCUGCUAACACUCCCUGCUUCACUCCCCCAAAAUGCUCAGUGGCCCACAGCUCCGCCAUUCCCAGAAAGCCAUCCCUUGGGACCCCGGCUCCCCAUGCUGCUGACAGAGGUCCUGUCCAGACAAGCGUUUAACGAUGGCAUACAGAAAAAUAACACUCUAAUCUAAACAAGAA